UCAUUAAAGAGUAAUUAGUACAGUAAGAUCGACCAAUUCCGCCGGUAAUACAGACGCCUCCAGGAUCCCCUUAAACUGCGAAUCCCAUAGUCGAUUUGAAUGCGGUCCCUGCGGGACGGUACUCCAAUCACGCAUUUACCGCUCGAUCGAGGAUACCUCAGCUGCUUCACGUCGCUCGAUUAUUCAUGGCCGAUGCUGAUUGAUCGCCACAAGCUAUCGACGUGAUAGUUCGCUGUUUCCUCAUUUUGCCGAUGAUCAUGCUCGUAAUCUCGCACUCGCCGAUACGAGUUCGCGGAUUUGAGGACAAAUGACGAUUGUAACAAUACUCUGAGCGCACAUUGUAUCGUUUCGCUAAAUUAUCUUUAUUACGACAAUAAUGCACGCGAGUAUAUCCUCGUGUAGCAAAAAUCGGCGUGUCAAAAGAUAUCGCUGUGAAGAAACGAAUAUCGAAAAAUAAAGCAAUGUGAAGAUAGGCACGAGUCCUCGUUUUAUCACUGAUGUCACGUGAUCAGCGGCGGGAGCAUCUUGAAUGUGUCACGUGAUUUCCAGUCCGCCGUAGUCGAAGGGACCGUUGCGCGCCGGCCGGCCGGCUCCGUCGACGGGGCAACGUCCGCUAUUUUCUUUCGCGUUAUCGCGAUUCGGUGCGAGUUUCGUGUUGCGCCACGUCGGAGCGCGGACGGACCGUGCGCCGUCUCCGAGGAGAGUGUUUCAAGCGCGAACGCGACGCCGGGCUUCGUCGUCCCUCGGCUCGAUCCCCGCAUUCCCCGCGCGCAACUUCGAAAUGCGCCGCCAGCGAAACACGCGGCUUUGACGCCGCCACCGAGCAUGCACACCCCCGCGUCCAUUCGCUUCCGCAUCACCUCAUCGGUGGCGGACUGCAUGCCCUGCAAGUUCUUCGAGAGCAGGCACGUGGAACAGGAAGGAAUGAAGAUAUUCACCCGGUGACCUCGUGCCGCACGCGGUAAUGCUACUGGCAAGCGGUGCCUCCAUACCGACCAUCGCCGGUGCCGUCGAGGAGGAGGAGCGCAGCGAGGCCAACAGCGCGCAUUACGAUGGAUACGUUACCGAUCAUACUGAUCUGGCCUCGGAGAUCGAUAUUGACGAGUCCGAAUAUAGGCGAGAGCUGCUUAAUGAUAAAUGGCGAAUGCUCUUUGAUAAGUUUGAUCCAGAAGGUUUUGGCGAGAUACCGCUGGAGGACUUUGUAGCAGCCUUGAGGAGUCCCGAAUGGAGAGUAGAAAUACCGGCGAACAAGCGUGACAUACUUCUUACCAGGGCAAAGGAGUCCCGUGUUCAGGCAGUAACCUUCCAGGAUUUCGUCAAUGUGAUGAGUGGAAAACGGACCAGGAGUUUUAAAUGCGCCGUUCACCAUCGGGACCGCGAAGUCUGCUCGGAGAACGAUUUCCACCUGCUCGUGCAUGAGCCGCCUCUAUUUCGCAGGAUGGUCCGCAUGAUCGGCGAUGAAUUCCUCACAGAGGAACGGGACCGAAAGUUCUACGCCGAUCACUACACGUGCUGUCCACCGCCCCUCUUCAUCAUCCUCAUCACUCUCGUGGAGCUGGGUUUCUUCACGUAUUACACAGUGGCGAUGGGCGAGGUGAAUACCUCGGGGCCGGUGCCGAUCGACAGUGUCUUCAUCUACAGGCCGGACAAGCGGCUGGAGCUCUGGAGGUUCGCUUUCUACAUGUUCCUGCACGCUGGGUGGCUUCACCUGCUGUUUAACCUGGGGGUACAGGUGGUCGUGGGACUUCCCUUGGAAAUGGUUCACGGAAGCCUGAGGAUCGCCGCGGUUUACAUGGCCGGGGUUCUUGCCGGUUCGCUGGGCACGUCAGUGUUCGACACGGACGUGUAUCUCGUUGGAGCGAGCGGGGGUGUUUACGCCCUUCUGGCGGCGCACCUAGCCAACGUCCUCCUCAACUAUAACAAUAUGGAGUUCGGGAUAGUUCGGCUCAUCGGCAUCUUCGUUAUUGCCAGCGCCGACGUGGGCUUUGCCAUCUACGACAGGUACGCGGCAGAGCAGAUGGGCCCGCCGGUAUCGUAUGUCGCCCAUCUGACGGGCGCCCUGGCGGGCCUGACGAUCGGCCUCCUGGUGCUGAAGAACUUCGAGCAGCGGCUGCACGAGCAACUACUCUGGUGGGUCGCCCUGGGCGUUUACGCCGCCUGCACGAUCUUCGCGAUCAUGUACAAUCUGAUGCAUCCAGACUAUCCAUGACGUGAGGUCAGCUUCGCGUACGGCCAGCCGAGGCACACGUAACGCGAAGCUCAUUGCCCGUGGAAGAAGAAGAGGAAGAAAAGGAAGAAGAAGAGACGGUGGACGGGACACGAUGGAAGGACACCGUCAUCGAGCAACGUCCGAGAGGACGACGUCGUCUUUUCGGUGACGUGCUAAACCGAUGGCCGGAUCGUUCCCGAAGCGUUCGCCGGAAGCGUGGGAGACAUAAGAAAGCAGUGAAGAAUGGGAGCUGCGCGAUGUGGUCGUCGUUCUUUCUUCUCAUCAGAGAAACGUGACUUCGAUCGAGCUUCGCGCGAGAAGGAAGCUCCGCGCGUCAACGGUGUUUCGUAAUGUAUAUUUUCUUCCAAGCCGGCCUGUUCGUGCGCGAAUACCCGAGGGAGGCAUGCGGGGCGCUCGUCGGAAGGAAGCGAGAAGCGCGUAAGCGAGCGGAUGUGAUGUAUUUCUGAUUAGAAAUCCGCAAGGGGCGGAAAAAUGCCGACGCAGUGGUCGCGACGCGAUCGACGAACGCGGUUUACUUGCGCCGCAGAGCGGAAUAUCUUCGUUAGGUUCCCGUCUUCUCGUGGUGGCUGCGAGAAUCCAUGAUACGUCCGAUAAUCCCGCUUUUCGAACAGCGACGUCGGCCUACUUUAUCUGGAUAGCACGCGGGCGAUAUCAUGAGGUACAACCGUCGUACCUGUGCUCUUCUGACAAAGGGACGCGAAAACGUUUUGUUGCUGCGAAGGGGACAUCCUGGACAUCCUGCCACGAGAAAAGCAUCCUCGCGUGUGCUUUCAGGAAACGAAGCAACCACACGAUGCGACGUAGAAGAUAUUAAAGAAGAAUAUCACAAAGAUAUAUGCAUAUAUAGAAAGGAAAAUGCGGAAGAUAUGAAAAAACAUUCUCCUUCAUUGAUCGAGAUCUUGAAAUUUUUUGGAACUUGCAAUCGCGACCCUAGUCGUCCUCUAUCGCUGCGCACUCUUUCACACUUUUGCGGAAAACCAAAGAACCGAGUCGGACGUACAAGGCUGAUCGGGCGGUCGGAAAGGGCGAAAUUCCUCGAUAAGAGGGUACUCCUAUCCGGCCGUGGACAGGAUGCAACGAGGAGGAAUUCUCCCUCGUGACUUUCGUCGUUCCUUUAUUUCCGCGUAUCGCCGGCCACUGUCGUCCUCGGAAAAACCAAAGAAUCAUACUCGACUGUGCGGACGAUGCUCGCUGUCCUUUGUCGCGUCGCUGAAGAAGUUCUUUGCUCAACGACGAGAAGAAGGAAGGGCAGGAAGAAAGAUUGGACAACAACGAAGUAAAGCAGCGAGGGGAGGCGAAGUGGAAACGAGGGAGGAUGCCCUCGGGACCUAAUGGAUCCUUCACGGUCGAUGAAACAUUGUACAAAUGAACGUGUGGGAGAGGCACGGAGCAACGACGAAACAAAAACCGCACAGGUUCGUGAUCGAGAAAAUUGGAGGUCUUCGACGUCGCCCUCUUUAAACAUUCGACCCGCGAGAUGCAUUUCUGGACGAAAAGGCACGAGGUAGAAUUAGACGACGAAGAGCUUGCGCUGCUAGGAAAUUUCUUCAAACAAAAAUUCUGCGAAAAGGAAGGAAAAAGAUAAUUAAUUACUAAGUCGGUGAUAAUGAAUGCGAAUACUGCUGUUUGAAUCGUGCGGUUAAUCAUGAAGCGUUUGUAGGAAACGGUGUAAGUAUCCCUUAUGAAACAAUAAUGAAUUUUUAUUUAUUACACCCAUCAUUUCGCUCGCUGCAAAUUCAACUAUUGCAAAGAUGCUUUGAGUCGCGAGUUUAUUCAUAACUGGAGAUCUGUUUCUCUUAAUAUUUUUACUUAUAUUCAGGAUUUCGGCGCUUUGAGUUGCGAGCUUACUCAUAACUGAAGAGAUCUGUUUCUCUUAAUUUGUUUUUACUUAUGUUCAGGAUUUAUACCGUUUUUCCACAGACGCUUCACAAUUGCGCUCUGUUGAGUUUGUUCUUGUUUCGAUCGCAUUUCCGCGAGUAAUGGGCUGAGAAAGGGCAGAGAAAAGCAAAGAUCGCGACAAAAGUCCGCCGUUGUAUCCGUACAUACGUAUUACCGUGUACCGCAGAUCGAUCACACCGUAGAAGCGCAAAAAAAUUCACCGAGUCAUAAAACUCAUCCGGAUAGCCGUUGCAUUUUUCCCACGUCAUCCUUAUAAAUCUUCGAGAUCGGGAGAGCGCGACGAGAUCCUCGCAACAAAAUCGAGCGACUUUCCAAUCCCGCGCUCGCUUGCGGAAGUCGAGAUCACCCCCGACACGCAGCUCAUCGUCGAAGCGCACCCUCUAGAAUUAUUACUGUAAAAGAAAAUCUAGAUGAAAUACUUCCGGAUUAAUCUUAUGUACGAAUGUACAUAAAUCAAGCGAUCGCUUCAGCAUGCAUUGCUGUUCGUGCCCUGUCGCGAUUUUCACGGGAGCUCAAGAGCCUUCCAGCUGACGGGUGGUGUACGAUAAUGAUCGUAAUGCAAUGGCGAUGAAGCAUUGCGACAAAACAACCACUAGCCGAUCUGUCGGUCGGGGAUCUCGGUCGCGGCCCGCGCCCUCGACAACGGCCGCUCGUUAACGUUCCUCGCAGAGAAUUCAACCCCCCCGACGACGCGUUAAUUUACCCGCGCGCGCGAUCGUUAAUGCGCAUUAAUUGUAUACCAUUGUAAAUACCUGUACAUAGUAUAGAGAGAAAGGGAGACUCGCUGUGCGUGUGUGCGUGUGGGAGCGUUUUGCGUGAAUGUCGUGAAAAAGUAGGAGGCGCGAGAUAGAAGAGAAACAAGAAGAAGAUGAAGCAGAUGAUGAUAAUGAUGAUGAUGAUGAUAGGAAGCAGAGAAGAGUUCGAGUCGGGUCACAGUCUAGUCGUUCCGCAACGUUGUCGUAAGUACGUACAUAUACAGUUAUACAUAUUGUAUUUAAAUGGGGAAGCGAGAGAAGCCGCACAUUCUCGGGAGAAGCACGCUUAGUGUACAUAGUCACAUGCGACACACAUGUUCCUCAUCUUUAAUUUACCGUCGUGUCAUCCUGUCUUCGGAAUCGGAUCGAGCGAUCGCGGCACGUGCGAUCUACCUACCUACAACCACUACCACCAUACAACAAUUAUUCUCUUAUUCGUCCCGCGCGUGAAUUACGAUAAACAAAUUUGGCGGGUAACAUAGUUAUGAUUCCUUGCCUCGUUCAAAAGAAUUUUGAUCGAUAGCUCGAUGGACUUCCUGAUUUCUUUCGCAAUUAUUCCGAUUCAAAUAAAGUACGAUACGAUAAAGUCGAAGAGACUUUAUUGCGCGGGAUGGAGUCUCGGACCUCAACAAUGAAAUUGUUUCAUUGCUUCGUUAACUUCUACGUAGUUUUUCCUCAUUUUGUGGAAUCGAUACAUAUUUUGCUCUAUUAUUACAAUUCCAGUUGGGAAUUGUGUUCACGUUAAUCGGAUAAAUCGACAAUUGUUACGCAACGAUCUCAGGUAGCGCCUAGGACAGCUUACGUUGCGUUACUUGUAUAAAGAAAGUGUUACAUGCGUUAAUUAUGCAGGAUAAAUAUCAUGAUUGAUGGGGUUUAUUUAUUUCGACGUCACACAAAUUAAAUUACUUUCCUUCAGAUUGAUCUUUUCUCACGUUGUGCAGCGACGAGAAUAGUCAACGCGUUCGCUGCAAUGCGAUACCAUCGCGGUUUUUGCGAAACGCGUGUGCACGAUUAUUUCAGUACAUCUCUUAUUUUGAUUAAUGCUGAUUAAGACAAAAGUGAAAUUAGCAACACGAUUGGCAACUUAUGCAAUUGUCAACUUUACAUGAUGCACAAUUCUACUUAGUUUUCUAGUAAUGUUGAUAAUUACAGUGCGAUUUGCAAAGUGCUCGCAUGCACUAUUGGUACCACACUCUCUACGAACAUUAACAUCAAAUAUGCCUUUGUAUGCCAUUGCUUCGCACUCUACUUUAUUCGUUCGGCAAAGGCACCAAAUGUAAAAAAUUGCGAACUGAAAGUUGUAGCAAUCACGAAAUUUAUUGUACGUACGCGAGCAUGAUAAUUUGCCCACUAUUGCCUCCCCAGUAGAAAUAUCUAUAUUAUUAUUUCGUAAAGUAUUAUAAAAUACUUUUAUAAUAAUUUAUGAAAUAAUGAUAUAAUUAUUUGUUUAAUUACAUUUAUUCUAUACUCUUUUCAUUUAUGUACAAUAACUUUUUUUUACACGAUUCUUUCACCUGUUUGACAAGAACUGAAUUGAGGUAUUAUAUUAUUUGCAUUGCGCCGGAGACGGUGAAAUGACACUAACGCACGAUACCAAAUACUGUAUAGCUUUAAUACAAAACAGUACUGCAUUAUUUAUUUUUAUUACUAUUAUUACUGUUAUCGUUUAUGGCAUCAGGAAAGGGUAACGUUUUCAACGUUGGCGCGUGGUACACACGCGCAAAUAAACCAAGGGAAUGGAAAAGUAAUCCCGGAGGACGCAGAAUCGAGCACGAGCGAGAGAUCAAACCAGAGUAAUUAACGAUGCUAGUCAAUUAGUAUCCGUAAAGGCAGCUAAAGGCCAGAUUCUAGCUUAAGGCACGACGGCUAUGCGACUCGCUUUAAAGUGGCGCAAAAGAAGGUCGAGACCUCGGUUGACGCUGAGGAAGAAGGGUGGCGCAAAAGAGGACA